GGCUGAUAUGAGUUUUACUAUAAAACGCGCAUUUCACGUAUCACCUUUUAAUGAUCGAAAUGGCAUAUAUAAAGCAUUCUGUAAAGAUCCUAAAUCAGGGUAUCUUGAUAUGAGACUAGUAAUGUAUACAGAUCCUUCUCAACCAGAUGAUGCAUCUAAUGCCCAUGAGAGCUAUGAGAGUAAGACAACAAUGCAGCGAUCUAGGAAAAAACUGAUUGCGACAGCAUCUGGUCAUUCUUAUUCACUAAAUCUACUUAGUUUGAUUUAUGCAAUAAUGACAUAUCCAUUAGAGGUUUUCUUAACUAUGCCACGUAUUCUUAAAGAAGCGUAUAAAUUGCAUUAUUAUAAAAAUUUGGGAAUAUAUCAUAGACCUAUUCCAGUAACGGAAACUGUUGUGAAAUUGGAUCCAAAUUUUAUUGAAUUGCAUACUUCAAUAAUUCAUAUCACUAUAUAUCUUCCAGAUCAGAAUAUGCUUCCAAUUCAAAUAUAUCCUGACAACUAUAAUGAUGAAGUAUUACAUUCACCUCAAAAUAUUAAGCAUAUCAAGAUUUCAUUACAUAAUUAUUCAUUUUUCACCAAUCUUUUAAUAAAUCAAAAUUUUUAUCGAGCGUUACUUAUCGGAUAUUUUGAGAAAGCAUGGGAUUGUGAUAAUUUAUCAGCAUUAAUCGAUUUAUUUUUUAAUCAACCUAAUACUACUGAAGAUUGCUCAAAAGGAAAGCAUGAUAAUUCGAUACAUAGAGAUAAUAAACCAAGGUUAAACUUUUAUGAAUCUAAGACUGCACUGAUAAGAAGGUGGUAUUGGAAAACAAUAUUAUGUAAUGAUGAUGCCGGAGGAGUUAAAUCCAAACAAGAGUUUGAUGAAAUGUUGCAUUCACUUUGGCCGGUCGAAGGUGUAAAUCGAGAUUUUAUUGCCAGCAUAGCACAGAAGAUAAUCACAAAAUAUCUUUUUUACCUCGUCUCCAGGCAUACUUCAAUAAUUCAUAUCACUAUAUAUCUUCCAGAUCAGAAUAUGCUUCCAAUUCAAAUAUAUCCUGACAACUAUAAUGAUGAAGUAUUACAUUCACCUCAAAAUAUUAAGCAUAUCAAGAUUUCAUUACAUAAUUAUUCAUUUUUCACCAAUCUUUUAAUAAAUCAAAAUUUUUAUCGAGCGUUACUUAUCGGAUAUUUUGAGAAAGCAUGGGAUUGUGAUAAUUUAUCAGCAUUAAUCGAUUUAUUUUUUAAUCAACCUAAUACUACUGAAGAUUGCUCAAAAGGAAAGCAUGAUAAUUCGAUACAUAGAGAUAAUAAACCAAGGUUAAACUUUUAUGAAUCUAAGACUGCACUGAUAAGAAGGUGGUAUUGGAAAACAAUAUUAUGUAAUGAUGAUGCCGGAGGAGUUAAAUCCAAACAAGAGUUUGAUGAAAUGUUGCAUUCACUUUGGCCGGUCGAAGGUGUAAAUCGAGAUUUUAUUGCCAGCAUAGCACAGAAUGAUGUUUGUUUUGAUCUAAGACUUGAAGCUAUUAUCAACUCUCACAAAAAUGUUGCAACAGCACUCCGAGAUCUAUUAAUAAAAAACAAUAAUGAUAAAAUAUUAGCACUAUUUGGCUAUACCCAUUUGUACCUAUUGACCAUUCCGUCGAAUAAUUCGAUUAAACACCUACAACCUUUGAUUUCACAUCAACUACAUUUAUUACCAUUUCCACCACGGUAUAUACCAUAUGAAGGUAAAGAACCAAUAAUACAUGUAAUUGACAGAUUUAUGUUUUUAGAAAAUUAUUCAAAAUCUAAAAAAAGGUGGGAAAAAAUAAAAUAUUUAUUAAUGGUGGGAUUAAUGGCAUGUGCUUAUAAAGCUGAUUCAAUAGUUUGGAAAUUAACUACGAGAUUUAUUGAUGGACCUAGUGGGAAUCCAUUUUUAAGUGAGAAGUGGUUGUGGGAAGGGGUUAUUGAUCUGUUAAAGGGUGGAGAAGAUUAUGAAAAAGAAUUUUAUAAAGUUGAAGAAAUUACUGAGUUGAAGAAAGAAAAAAAAGAUAAAAAUUUUCUUGAAGGGUGGGAAGUUGUUUAUGAAAGAAAAGCAAAUAACCAUAAACUUGAAUUAAUGACAUCACCAUCGCCUUUAUUACUUUUACAAAAAAAAGAUGAAAUGUUAAAGAAAGAUAAACAAUUUAGGCUAUGUUUCGAAUCAUGUUGUUCAAAUGAGCAUGCUCUAGAAAGUUGUGAUGAACUUGAACAACAAGUUUCCUCGUGUAAUCAAAAUGAAACCCAUUUCAAACUCGUGAGUAAACGUACACCUUUAAAUAAUUUACCAUUUCAUUACAAAUCAUCUCUUUUGCCCGUCCGCUCUUUAUUUACAAAACGAUCGCCUAUAUUCUUGGACAUUGGAAGUGAAGGGUAUAAUCAAUGUCAGCAAGAGAAAUUAUGUGAUUCAAAUAUUGCGGAAUGUUGUUCGCAACAACAGCAACAACAUAUUUGUAAUGAAAACGAAAAUUCACUUACAAAAGUUGGAAAACGUGGUUUAAGCAAAAGGACUAUGAAUAUCGGUAAUCAAAGUCAAAUGAAGAUAUUAAACGGUAGAAGUCAUAAGGGUAACUAUAACGGAUUGUAUAAGAAAGAUGGCAAUUACCACCGCGAAAUUCCUCGUACUCCAAG